UUUUUUUUUUCUUUACUUUAAAAAAAUAACUUUAUUUUAACGUACUCCAAUUCAUUCACCAUGGCUGAUCAAGAAGAAAGACAAUUCCUUCAAGAAGUAGAACAAGUCAAAAAGUGGUGGGCUUCUCCUCGAUUUGACCUUGUACGUCGUCCUUAUACUGCUGAACAAAUUGUUAGUAAACGUGGUGACUUCCCUACUCAUUACCGUUCUAAUGACCAAGCAAAGAAACUUUGGAAAAUCCUUCAACGCAACAAGGCAACUGGAGGAACUAGUCAUACUUUUGGUGCUUUAGACCCUGUCCAGGUGACUCAAAUGGCAAAUGCUGGUAUUGAUACUGUUUAUGUCUCUGGUUGGCAAUGCUCUUCCACUGCUUCUUCUAGUAAUGAACCUGGUCCUGAUCUUGCUGAUUAUCCUAUGGAUACAGUUCCCAACAAGGUGGAUCAUCUCUUUAAGGCUCAACUUUUCCAUGAUCGUAAACAACGAGAAGAACGUUUACGUAUGUCUCCUCAAGAACGUAGAAAGACUCCCAAGAUCGAUUAUUUUAAUCCUAUUAUUGCUGAUGGUGAUACUGGGCAUGGUGGUGUUACGGCUGUGAUGAAAUUGACUAAAAUGAUGGUUGAACGUGGUGCUGCAGGCAUGCAUGUCGAAGAUCAAUCACCAAGUACCAAGAAAUGUGGUCAUAUGGCUGGCAAGGUAUUGGUUCCUAUUGCUGAACAUAUCAAUCGUUUGGUUGCUAUCCGUGUCCAGUAUGAUAUUAUGGGUGUUGAGAAUGUGGUAGUGGCUCGUACUGAUGCUGAAGCAGCCACCUUAUUAAGUAGCAACAUUGAUGAACGUGAUCAUGAAUUUAUUGUCGGCGCCACCAAUCCUACACUACGUCCCCUAGCUACUGUGAUGGCUGAAGCUGAACGUCAAGGCAAAUCUGGUGAAGCUCUUGCAUUAGUGGAAUCUGAAUGGACAGCCAAGGCAGGUCUCAAACGUUAUGGUAAUGCUGUAGCAGAUGAAUUACGUCGUCAAGGCAAGAACGCUCAAGCCACCGCCUUUUUGGAACAAAUUCAUUUCAAGUCUAACUCUGAAGCUCGUUCUAUUGCUAAAAAUUCUUAUGGUAUCGAUAUCUUCUGGGAUUGGGACAUUCCUCGUGUACGUGAAGGUUUUUACCGUUAUGAAGGUGGUACUGAAGCCGCUACCUCCCGUGCUAUUGCUUUUGCUCCUUAUGCAGAUAUGUUAUGGAUGGAAACAAAGAAACCAAUUUUAUCUCAAGCUGAACAAUUCGCAAAAGGUGUCUUAGCUGCUUCCCCCAAAUCCUUAUUAUGUUACAACUUGUCACCUUCCUUCAAUUGGGAUGCUGCUGGUCUGACUGAUAAUGACAUGGGUUCCUUCGUUCGUCAAUUAGGACAUCUUGGAUUUGUAUGGCAAUUUAUCACAUUGGGUGGUCUUCAUGCCAACGCUUUAGCAACAGCUACUUUCGCCAAGAGUUUCAAGGAAACAGGUAUGCUUGGUUAUGUGUCCACUGUACAAAGGAAGGAACGCGAAAACGGUGUUGACGUCUUACAACAUCAAAAAUGGUCAGGUGCCACCUACGUAGAUGAACUAAUGAAGAUUGUUACAGGAGGUGUUGCCGCAACCGCUGCCAUGGGUGAAGGUGUUACUGAAGAUCAAUUCAAAUAGUUUAGUUUCAUAGUGUUUGUAGUAUCGUUUUUUUUUUAUUCUUCAACCGUACCUCCCCCUUUUAUUAUAUUGACAUUUAUUUAUAUGAUAGAUGAUAAUCUAUUCUUCUUCUCAUCAUGAUUUUAACGCUUUUCUUUGGAAACGUGUUGUAAAAAUAAAAGAAAAACAAAUUAUUUAUUUAUUUAUUAUAAA